AUGUUAUUUUGUCUUUUCUUUCAAGUGAUGCUGAAUCAAACCUCAGUCACUGAAUUUCUCCUCCUGGCAGUGAUAGACAUCCAAGUACUGCAGCCUGUUCUCUUUGUGGUUUUCCUUGCAACUUACAUUGUCAGUGUGGCUGGGAAUGCAGCCACCCUGAUGGUUGUCAUCUCUGAUUCAAGACUCCAUUCUCCUAUGUAUUUUUUCCUGGGAAACCUGUCAUGUCUACAUAUCUGCUACUCCAUGGUGACUCUGCCAAAGAUGCUGGAGAACUUCCUCCCUACACACAAAGCAAUUUCUUUCUUGGGAUGCAUAAGCCAGCUUCAUUUCUUCCACUUCCUUGGCAGCACAGAGUCCAUGUUGCUGGCCGUGAUGGGCUUUGACCGCUUUGUGGCUAUCUGCAAACUACUUCAUUACCCUUUUAUCAUGAGUCAUCAGGUCUGUGUCCAGAUGGCUAUCUUUGUCUGGAUUAUUGGGUUUUUCCAUGCCCUGUUGUACUCAGUAAUGACCUCUCGCUUAAACUUCUGUGGUUCCAACUAUAUCCAUUACUUCUUUUGUGAUAUUAAGCCAUUGUUGGAGUUGGCCUGCAGGAGCACUGACCUCAAUGAGUGGCUGCUCAUACUGUCAUGGGGACCUUUGCCAUUGGCCCAUUUUUUCCUAACACUUCUAUCCUAUGCCUACAUUAUUAUCUAUCUUUAUUUCAAGACCCACUCUUGCAGCAUGCUCCAUAAAGCACUGUCUACUUUUGUCUCCCACUUCAUGGUAGUUGUUCUUUUCUAUGUUCCCAUAGUUUUCACUUCUAUUCGUCCUGCCACAGGUAGCUCUGUGGAGCAGGAACGGAUCAUUGCCAUUAUGUACAGCGUGGUCACUCCUGUACUAAAUCCACUGAUCUAUACUUUGAGGAACAAGGAAGUGAAGGGGGCCUUGAGGAGAGGGAUCAGGAGAAGACUCUGA